AUGGGUUCCACAGUAACCAUUUCCCCUUCCACUGGGGCAGAGGGCAACUUGGACAUGUUCAAGAACGACAUCCUCAUGCUCCACGUGCCUCUUCCCCCGGACCAAGCCUGGAUCGACAAACUCGAAAGCAAAUACCCCGGCUUCAAAGUCCGGUGGGUACAUCGCUCAUGGCAAGACUACGGGCGGGACGAUGAGAGCACGGCGCCGGAGGAGUAUGAUGGCGUUACCAUGCUGUGCUCGUACUACCCGCACAAGGCCGAGUUGUUGCCCAAGUUGAAAUGGGUGCAGCUUACCAGUGCUGGCGCGGAUCCGUGGUUGCAGCAUCCGUUGUAUCUGAAUAAGGAUGUGGUGUUUUGUACUGCUAAUGGGUGUCAUCCCCCCCAAAUAGCCGAAUGGGUAAUCGGCACCUACCUAAUGCUUUCCCACCAUUUCCUCGCCUACCAUGACGCCGCUGUCAACGACGGGAAAUCCCAAGUCCUCCGUCACCUAACCACCGUUGACUCUCCCGGUAUGCGCAUGGGCAUCCUCGGCUACGGCGCCAUCGGCCGACAAGUAGCCCGCGUCGCUUCAGCUCUAGGCAUGGAAAUCUACGCCUACACGCGCCGGCCCAAACCAACCCCCGAGUCCCGCAAGGACGACUCUUACCACGUCCCCGGCACCGGCGACCCAGACGGUGUCAUCCCCGCGAAAUGGUUCUCCGGCCCUUCGCGCGACGACAUUGACAACUUCCUGUCCCAAGACCUGGACGUCCUCGUCGUCUCUUUGCCCCUCACGGAAUCAACCAAACAAAUCAUCGGCCGGAAACAAUUCGACAUUUUGUCCAAGAAAAAGACCUUCUUGUCAAACAUCGCCCGUGGCCAGCACGUCGACACCGAUGCGCUGGUGGAAGCGCUUAAGGAGGAUAAGAUCCGCGGCGCAGCGUUGGAUGUUACGGACCCCGAGCCUCUACCGGAGGGACAUGAGCUCUUGAAGAUGCCGGGCAAGUGCUUCGUUACGCCUCAUGUUAGUUGGCAGACGCCGUACUACUUUGAGCGGGUCAAGGCUAUUAUCGAGGAGAAUCUGGAGAGGAUGAGGAAGGGGGAGAGGUUGGUGAAUUUGAUGGAUCGGGAGAGUGGGUAUUAG